AUGGUUACCGUUUGUUCCACCAGUGCCUUAUGGGUUCCCGCCAUUACUGUACCUCAACAACCUUUCCCUCCAUUGAAAUCAAGAAUACCCAGUUGCAGUUCUAGACUUUUCUCUUCGAAUAAAGUGAUAAAUGGCAAGACUUUAAAGGUUGAGGAAGUUAAAGAUUGUGAGACCCUUCUUAUCAAUGACUGGCCUCAGCUUAUUCAGUCCUCAAUUGGGUCUAAGAAUCUCUAUCUGGGUCGGACGAUUCAUGGAUUCUUAGUGAAAAAGGGUAACCAAAAUGACACCUUUGAAGGGAAUAAUCUAGUGAACAUGUACUCGAAAUUGAAGAGAUUGGAUGAUGCACAGAGAGUGUUUGAUGAAAUGUCUGUUAGGAAUAUCAUUACUUGGACUUCUCUAAUGAAGGGGUACUCGGAAGGUGGCGAUACCGAAUCUGUUUUUCGGAUUGCAAAUGACAUGUUUUGUUCUGGAGAGAAGUUCAAUGAGCAUACUUGCUCGGUGAUUUUACAGGCGUGUAAUUCGCCUGAGGGCCGGAAAAAUGGGGAACAGGUCCACUGUUUCGCCAUAAAAAGUGGGCUUGAUGGGAAUGUUACUGUGGGAACCUCUUUGAUUUCUAUGUACUCAAAAGGUGGCUGCUUGAGUGAUGCUGAGAAAGUGUUUAAUGGCAUAGAUAACAAAGAUGUUAGGUGUUUAAACUAUAUGAUUUUGGAAUAUGGGAAGUUGGGAUGUGGAGAAAAGGCAAUGUGGGUGUUUAUCCAUCUUUUGAGUUCUGGUUUGGUUCCAAGUGAGUAUACAUAUGCUAAUAUAAUAAGUGCUUGCAGUGGAGAUAUUGGUGCAAAUGAAGGCAAGCAGUUACAUGGACUUUCUGUUAAGUAUGGUGUUGUGGGUGAAAGUCCAAUUGGAAAUGCACUAAUAACCAUGUAUGGAAAACAUGGAAUGGUUGAAGAGUUUGAGAGGAUGUUUGUCACAAUGGAUGACAGGAAUUUGAUUUCUUGGACUGCAAUUUUGACAGCACAUCUUAGAAAUGGCAAUGCAGAUAAGGCGCUUGAUGUUUUCUCGGAAACACUUGCCCUUGGUUUAGCUUGUGAUUCUGUUUCUCUGUCUAUUAUGCUUGAUGGCUGCUCAGAAUGGAGAAGCCUUGAGUUUGGGGCCCAAAUCCAUGGGUUGGUAAUUAAGUUUGGUUACUUAUCUGAUGUCAAAAUAGGGACUGCUUUAACUGAUAUGUAUACCAAGUGUGGUGACCUUCAGUCAGCCAAAAAGCUUUUUAGUAAACUUUCAAAUAGAACUACUGCCUUAUUCAAUGCAAUUCUAGUUGGAUUCAUGGAAUCAUAUGAGGAUGAUGAAGUUAAUCCAAUGGUCUUAUUCAGUCAACUAAGAUUCGAAGGUCUUCAGCCAGAUUUCGUAACUUUUUCGCGGCUUCUAAGUUUAUCAGCUGACCAAGCAAGCUUACUAGUGGGGAAGAGCCUCCAUGCUUACACCAUUAAAACGGGAUAUGAAGCCGAUUUGACUGUAAGUAAUGCUCUAAUUACCAUGUAUGCAAAAUGCGGUAGCAUUGAAGAAGCGCAUAAAACGUUUAGCAGAAUGAAAAGCAUGGAUUCUAUAUCUUGGAAUGCCAUAAUUUCUGCAUAUGCUCUUCAUGGACAUGGCAAAAGAGCAGUUUUUCUUUUCGAAGAUAUGAAGAGAGAAGGAUUCUACCCUGAUCAGAUCACAACAUUGGCUAUUCUUCAAGCUUGCAGUUACUCUGGAUUAUUGGAAACUGGGCUAUCCUUGUUUAGUGAAAUGGAGCCAAAGUAUGGGAUUAGGCCAGUAGUUGAACACUUUGCUUGUAUGGUUGAUCUUUUGGGUCGUGCAGGACGAUUCCCAGAAGCCGUGGAUUUCAUCAAAAGUAGCCCUUUUACAGACUCAACUCUGCUUUGGAGAACUUUAGUGAAUGUAUGCAAGUUACAUGGUGAAAUGGAAUUUGGUAUGUUAGCAUCAAAAUGUUUGCUUGACUUGAAACCAGAAGAGGCAGGGUCAUACAUACUUGUUUCGAAUAUGUUUGCUGGAGGAGGAAUGUUGGAUGAGGCUGCAGAUGUUAGAACUGUUAUGAAUGAUUUGAAACUUAGCAAAGAACCAGGCUGUAGUUGGAUUGAAGUUCAUGAUAAAGUUCAUUAUUUCGCAGCAAGCGAUAUGAACCACCCAAAGAGUAAGGAAAUUUAUGCAGAACUUGAUUUAUUAAGGGAUGAAAUGCAAAGACAUCAAAGUAGUAGUGACUUUCAACCAAUUUUGUAAGACUUGUAGAUUCACCAGUUAUGACAAAAGGAGUACAUUUAAGGUUGAUACAAUAGCAGAAUUUUUGAGUUGAUGUAAAUACAAUACAACUUCUAAGCAAGCAAUAUUGUCAUAUGAAUGAAUAUCAGUACAAAUUGUCAAUUUUAUUGGUAA